AUGUACGAGGUUUAUCAUAACUCAGCACCAGAAACAGUUUCAUGGAUACGUAAUAUGUUUGUUGCUGUUCAGUUACCAGUUAUUAAACAGUGGAGGCGUGGACAAAUUAAAACAAUUGUUACUGAAAAUCUAGUGGAGGUACUUCACUAUGAUUUUGGAAUACAAGAAGUUACAGAUGUAAGCAAUAUAAGAAUGCUUAAUGAUAAUAUGAAAACCUAUGGUAGUCUGUGUCUUGAAUGUGCAUUAAAAGAUAUACGGCCAGCUGGAGGAAGUACAAACUGGACGGCAACUGCUUGUGAUGUUCUCUCUUUUUACCUCAAGGGAGCUGUAGCUACAAUGAUCAUAGAAGAAAACACGGCCAUGUGGCCCCUGCCUGUGAUGAUAUCAUGCAAAGAUGAAGCUGGUCAGUUAGUUGAUAUUUCCGACUUUCUUGUAAAACGGGGCUUAGCUCUGAAAGAGAGAAGAGUAAAUAAAUCAGAGACUUUAAUGGAACUCAAGGAAGUUAAUAAAGGUUCUUCAUCAGUUAUUAAAUCAGAUGAUUUUUCAGCCAGUGAAAUGAUCCAAGAACAUAAAUCUGUUAUUAAAUCAGAUGAUUUUUCAGCCAGUGAAAUGAUCCAAGAACAUAAAUCUGUUAUUAAAUCAGAUGAUUUUUCAGCCAGUGAAAUGAUCCAAGAACAUAAAUCUGUUAUUAAAUCAGAUGAUUUUUCAGCCAGUGAAAUGAUCCAAGAACAUAAAUCUGUUAUUAAAUCAGAUGAUUUUUCAGCCAGUGAAAUGAUCCAAGAACAUAAAUCUGUUAUUAAAUCAGAUGAUUUUUCAGCCAGUGAAAUGAUCCAAGAACAUAAAUCUAAGUUUAACAAUGCUGCAUUCGUGAAAAACACUGAAAUAAUGCAACCAGGGUCUGAUGAACCCAUGAUUGAUCAAAGUUUGGAAGAGCCAUACCUCUCUCCAAUUAUACCUGAUAAGGAUAAUUUUUCUGCAAAAGUAAGCUGUGUGGGAGAAGAAGGGAUUAUUUAUGUGAUCCAGAAAGGGUUAGAAGAAAAUCUUAAUGAACUUAUGGUUGAUAUUCAAAAGUCUUUCAAAGGCCUUGGAUUGCUAGCACCCUAUUCUUGGAAGAAAGGAGAAGGAUGCCUUAUUAAAGGAUCAGACACAAUGUCCUACAGAGGAAAGGUUCUAGAAAUCCUUGGUCGUGAUAUGAUAAGGGUACAAUAUGAAGACUAUGGAAAUAUUGAAAAAAUACCCACUUGUCAUCUUUACCCCUUUGUGUUUAACUCACACAUUCCACGAUUUUGCAUUCCAUGCCAACUUCAUGAUACUGUACCUAUUGGUGACACUUGGCAGUCGGACACUAUACAACUUCUUGAAGAGCUUCUUAUGGAUAGAAAUGUUGAGAUACAAGUCGUGGAGCCUCCAAUAUCUUCUGGAAGUAUAAUGUCUGUUCACAUAUAUUGCAGCAAUGCAUCUGUGUCUGACAUUUUGAAGCAACAUGGCCAUUGGAUCCCAGAAGUCUGUCCAUGUGAGAGAGAGGACAUCUCAAACUUGGGAUCUUCCUUGCUGUCGGGCAGAAGAGGAGCUACAGAGAUCUACAUCUUCUCAGAUGCAUCUACAGAAGCUAAUGCAACUGUGGCCUACCUAAAAGUGACUGACAUUGAAGAAAAACCACAUGAAGGAUUUAUCAACAACAGAGAAAAACAGAGAGGGAAAUCACAGAGGAAGAACUGUAUAGACUCUGGCUCCAACUAUUUCAGCAAGUCCAUUCUGGAAAAUAAUUUUGAAAGCAGCUUUGAUGGUUUGCUUAAACAGACAUUCGAAACGCCUGUAUUACCUAGAUAUACUCUGCCAUCCUUGCCUAAUCCAGGACAAUUAUUUGCAGUGAGCAUUACACACAUACAAACACCUAAUGAGGUCUACAUUUGUAUGGAUCCCAUAAAUAAAAUAUCCAUCGAAACUGACACAGAUGAUAGUGAAUGUUCUGACCUUGAUGAAGACAUACUUGAAUCCAAACUUAAAAGUGUAAAUAUUACUGCAAACUCAUUGCCUUUCUUGACAGACUUUAGGCCAGAUAUGCCGUGUCUUGCAAAAUAUGCUGUUGAUGGUCAGUUAUAUAGAGCAAAGUUGCAGUCAUUUAUUAAUUGUGAUCCUGUACAAUUUGUAGUCGAGUUUGUAGAUUAUGGAUCUACAACUAUUUUGGACACUAACAGCAUAUAUCAGCUGCCUGAAAGUCUUAUUCAUUACCCACAAAAGGCAAUAAAGGUAAAGCUUGCUGGAUUUAAACCACCCUUAGAGGAUUUUGAAGCUGAUCGACUUCCUUAUUGUAGAGAAUGGAGCAUGAAAGCUUUGUGGGCAAUGAAGGAACUCCUUCAAGAAAAACAACUCUUUGCUUCCUGUGUUACAUCUUUCCCAGAUGUGUCUAUACGUUUGUAUGACAAAACCAAACGUCUUGUUCAUAAGCCAUUGAUAUCCAUGGGCUUGGCAGAUUUAGACUUUUGA